AAUACAAUAACAUUUUCUUUAAACAUAUUUAUCCCUUAAUCUUGUUCACAAUUAGUUAUUGUUGCGUCAAACUCGAUUACUUUGCUAAUUACGAAGAUUUAAUCAGACUCAGCGAGAAGUAAAAGAGAUGCCUGCGCAAACUGUGAGCAGAUGCGAGCUAUGCAAUCGCGCUAUACAAUUUUUCGCAAGCUCUUCAGCUGUGAUGCAGCCUACGAUUCAACAAGCACCUUGCGCACCUUGUCCUGCAUUUCUACAACUUCUUAGAGGAUCAACGUGUUGUACAGGUUGUAGGUGUGUCACAGGUAUAAUUCAACUAUCGCAGAAAAGCCAACAGCAGCAAACGCAGCGGGUAGAGCAAUCGAAACAAGAUAAGGAAACGGUAAAAGAACAAACGGACAAGGUGCAAUCGGUGGAGAAGAAAUCCUACGAUAUGUUGACGAGUGAGAAAGCUCGCCUAAAUCAGGUUGCGAGUACAGGAGUUAAUUUGACAGCAAACGCGUGAUUUUUCUUAGUUCUAGCAGUAUAAUCAUCUUCCAAUGUUAUAAAACGUUUUAAAUUAUUAAAUAUACGGAUAAAACGUAGAAAA